AAAAAAUUUUAAGUAGUAAUUGGUUUUUGAAAAAUGUUGUUGUAGUCCUUUUAGAGAUCUGUAUAUAUCAAUAAUCUAUAUCCAAUCAAUAUGGCUGAUACUGAACAAAAGAAGAAGAGAACCUUCAGAACCUUCACUUUCAAGGGUGUUGAUUUAAAAGAUUUAGUUGAAUUAUCAACUGAAGACUUCACCAAAUUAUGUUCUGCCAGAGUCAGAAGAAGAUUCUCCAGAGGUUUAGGUACCAAGGAAAUGGGUUUCAUUAACAAAUUAAGAGUUGCCAGAGCUAACACUGAACCAAAUGAAAAGCCAGCUAUUGUCAAGACCCACUUAAGAAAUAUGGUUGUUGUUCCAGAAAUGAUUGGUUCCGUCGUUGGUGUUUACAACGGUAAGGUUUUCAACACUGUUGAAAUCAGACCAGAAAUGGUUGGUCACUACUUAGGUGAAUUCUCCAUUACUUAUACUCCAGUUAGACAUGGUAGAGCUGGUAACGCUUCUUCAAGAUUCAUUCCAUUACGUUAAGUUGUUGUAUAAUAUCAUACUAAUUCUUCAUAAAGUUUACCAAAAAUAUACAUAACUAUUAUUACAAGUGAUCGUAGUACUAAGCACA